UAUUAGAAUCACUGAUCAUCAGAACCAUUUGCAUGUGGUUUAGAGAGUGUGAUGCUGUUCCAUUUGGAAGGCGUGUACGCAAGCCUUUGUCUGGUUUUAAAGACUGAACUGAAGCACCCUCCUAGGGAAUAUUCCCCCAUAUUCAUAUUUUCAUACAGAUCAUCAAAUUUUGUUCUCUUUGUUAAGUCUUGCUUGCUUCCCACUUCAGAAAUUUCUGUCCUCCAAGUUUGGUUCACAUAGCUAUCGUAUAAGAUUUUUCCACUCUGCUUCCUUCCAAUCUUAAUUGAAGGACAGCUUCAGACAAAUUGUGAAAUUUAAUAAAGAGCCAAAGAUGCCCUUGUACAGAAUCUGAACUGCUUUUGUCUCAAGGUCUUUCUGCCCUUGCAAUUUGCAAAAGUAUUAACUACAGUGAGAGUUAAAAUUCAAGGUUUCAAGAAAGCUUAUAAAAGGAGAGAACAUCUGUUUUUAUCAAGCUCUGAUGGCAGGGUUAAAUUUUGAAGCCACAUAUACUGACAACCAUGAUAUUCUGAAGAUAUUUGCAGCUGAAGGUGUUGAAUUCCUUUUAUCUUGUGAAGGAAAGGUACCCGUAUCAGAAUGCAAUGGGAAAAUUAUAUGCCUAUUUUUCACUGCAAACUGGUGUAGACCUUGCAGAGCUUUCAUUCCCCGUCUUGUUGAACUUUAUGAAACACUGAGAAAGAGGGGAAUAAAUCUAGAGAUCAUCUUCAUCUCCUUUGACCGUGAUGAGGAUGGAUUUAAAGAACACUUCAAGAACAUGCCAUGGCUAGCCGUCCCAUUUGAUGUAAGUUUGCACAGAAGACUGAUUGACAGAUACCGAAUUGAUCGAAUCCCAUCAUUCGUUCCAUUAUGUUCAGAUGGCAUAACCAUUGAAGAAGACUUGAUUGGAUGCAUUGAGGAUUAUGGUGCUGAUGCAUUUCCUUUCACAAGGAAGAGGCAUGAGGAAUUGAAAGCCAUAGAUAUAAGGAAGCGUGAGGAAGCAAACUUGGAAGAAUUAUUGGGACACAAAGGGUGCCACUUUCUCAUCUCAGGAGAUGAUAGAAAGGUGCCCAUAUCUGAACUAGCUGGUAAAACCAUAGGCCUUUAUUUUGGGGCCUAUUGGUCUCCUCCUUGCUGCGCCUUCACUGUCCAACUUACCGAUGCAUACAACAAUCUCAAGGUGGAAAAAGGCGACUGCUUUGAGAUUGUUUUAAUCUCAACAGAUAGAGACCUUGAGGAAUUCAAUGUCAACAAAAGUAGUAUGCCCUGGCUUGCUGUCCCAUACGAGGACAGGACAAGGCAUGACCUUCGAAGAAUCUUUGAUGUAAAGGGCAUUCCUGCUUUGGUUCUCAUUGGACCAGAUGGCAAAGUCAUUAGUGUGAAUGGGAAGUUAAUGGUCUCCUCAUACGGUGCAGAAGCUUUCCCGUUCACCGAAUCACGGAUAAGAGACCUCGAAGCAGCUCUUAGAAAGGAAGGAGAGGCUUUGCCUCAGCAGGUUGAGGAUGUGAAGCAUGAACAUGUACUGAAAUUGGAUAUGGCCAAAGCAUAUGUAUGUGAUUCAUGUAAAAAGCAAGGCAAGUUUUGGACAUUCUCUUGUGAUGUCUGUGACUAUGACCUUCACCCAAGUUGUCUAGAAAAGGUCAACAAGGACUAAAGUUGAUAGAGAACAGAAACACACAAGUUUGCUACCAAUUACAUCAACUAGCUAUUUUUGUGGUGAUGGAAAUAAAGUUGUAAUACCUAAGAAACUUUAAACACUAUAUAUAUCUUUCUAUCCUAUCAGUAUGUUGCCAUACCUGCCAUUUGAAAUUAAGAGUGAUUUAAAUCAGGUGAGAAUUGUUAAGGGAAAGGUCUGAAUAGAAUUACUCAGUUUAAGAAAGUUUAGUCAUACACUAUUUAAAAGUAUUUAUGGUUUUUAUUUGGGAGGAUGUUUCUGUAUGAUAAUUUUGAUACGACUUUAUACAUUCAAAAGGGUAAAUUUAAUGGUGGAAUAAACAAAUGAGUGGAAUUUCUGUUA